AUGGAAGAAGUGGAUUCGAUUAUUAUACACUUUCUACGUCAGUUAAAUGUUAAUAUCAAUGAGGAUGUAAAAAAUUUAUGUGAUAUACCAGUGGAAACUAUAAUUGAAGCUGCGGCGCAGUGCAUAUCAAACAUAAAUCCAAACCUUAAAGUGCCAAUAAAAUUACCAACUGGUGUUUCACAGAGAAUAGGAGUGGCUACACAAAUUGCAACCUCUUGCAAGGAAUUGGGCUACAAAAAUGAUGUUGGCUAUCAAACAUUCCUAUACUACAAUGAGACUGAACUCCGACAAGUAUUUAUGUUCUUAAUUGAAAAGUUACCCAGUGAAGAUAAAAGACCUAAUGUGAAAGUUGUCCCUUCCAAUAAGAAACAAGAGCUCUUGCAACAAAUUAGUUUAAAAAUAGCUGAAGAUCUUAACACUAUAUGGAUUCCGCCUUGCUGUAAAAACCCUAUAAAAAUGUCAUUUGGUGACUACAUUUAUCGAAAAGAAAAAGUAAUGGGUGAAAAGCUAGAUGACAAUAUUCUUAUUGAAAAAUUAAAACGCUUGCAAAACAUAAAAGUUGAGAACACACCUAUUAUUGACCAAACAAAUCUGGAUACAAAUUUGAAUAAUGAAAUUCAAAAAAAGAAAAUGAUUAAAGAAAGCCUCAAAGAAUUGAAGGAGACAACAAUACAAUUGAAACAAAAGUUGGAUAUGCUUACCAGUGAAAGAAAUGUAAUGGAGGUUGAAUUUUCUCAGGCUCAGAAAAGCUGUGAACGUGUAGAUUCUGACUUGCGGAAUAUAGAGAUUGUGCUAAAGAGUGUUGGUAUUACUGACAUUGACUCGGAAACUUCGGUUGAUAAUCUUUUGGAAGUUGUUCAUAAAAAUUUAAAUAGGAUGCAUUGUAAGGUGGAGGACUUAACAUCCAAAAAUCUCUCGUUGAAAGUUGAUAUAGAGAAGUUAAAAGCUGAAAAAGACUAUUCAGAACUGUCGGAGAGAAAUAAUUGUAAAAAAAAUCUUAUAGAUUUAAAAGAAAAAGCUAAAGGUGUUAAAGAUGAAUGUGAGAAAAAGGAAGAGUUAAGAAUCCAAUUAAAGGCAAAAUAUGAAAAAAUGAAAGGGGGAAAUAAAAGACAUAUAUACACCAAAAGAAUAUUAGAAAUAAUUGGUAAUGUGGACAAACAAAAUAUGGAAAUAAAAAAGGUAUUAGAAGAUACAAGACACUUACAAAAAGAAAUAAACAGUCUUGAGGGCCAACUGGGAAGGUGUUUCUCCAUUGCAGAUGAAACUCUUUUUAAGGAUGCUAAAAAGGAUGAUCAAGCAAAGAAAGCCUACAAACUACUAGCAUUAUUGCAUUCGGAAUGCAAUACGAUUGUAUCACUUGUUAAUGAAACUGGAACUCUUGCAAGGGACAUUGUGGAUUUAGAAGAUAAUAUAAAAACGGAAAAAUCAAAGCGAACUGAAAAUAUACUUCAAAAAAUUCAAUUAGAUUUAGCUAAUUUACAAAAAGAAUCUAAUUAA